AUGACGAUGUUGCCGCUCGCUGCCGCUGCCGCGUCUAAGGAAAAAGGAAUGAGAGAGAGAGAGAGGUGGCGUUGCGCUAGGAAUCUGAUUCCCAGACUUUUUCUUUUGUUUUUUCCUUUUUGUUUUUAUUUAGUCUACUGUUUACAACAUGGAUGCUGCUGCUAUUUUCAUACUGUCUACUUAGUAACUACGGCAACGUCUUGUCCGUCCUGUGGUAUGAUAUCGUUGUGCAUGGCAAGUGUAGACCUGAUUGGAUGUAUGCAUAAGGACAGGGUGUCUACCUGGUAUAGUAAAACCUCGGAAAUAAGAACAAGGAAAGCAUUACUAGAAACUUGA